GGCGGGCUGGGUGAGCCACCGAGGAAGACCAGGGGCCCGCGCGCAUCACCAAGGCCGGACUGUAGACAGACAUUCCUGCACUUCUCUGGACUCAUAACAGACGCUUGGUAUACGUGCAGUUGCUGGGUAGCUGUUGCAAAUAGACACCGUCACUUGCUGGGAAUAUAUCUGCAGCUCGGUCGAGGAGAGUACCUGAUCUUACCGCUAUCGCCUUUCAGCUCGGGGCAUCAGCAGCAUUCGCCACGAAGACAGCCUGCAUAUAUAUACAGCAAUACAACUCAUAGCAUUCAGAAUGUCAUUAUCAGCUGAAGACGAGAAGGCGGCGUUGGCUACUACCGAAGCGAGGAGAGCGGUUGAGGCUAUGGACUAUGGCUCCAUUUCGACAACAAAGUCAGUCAGCGAAGAGACCGAGGAACUCAUAGACGACGAAAGUGAUGUCUACGCUGAGUACGGAGAACUGGCGGACCUGUUAGAAGGCGGAACUGAGUCCUGGACCGAGGAAGAAGACAGACGAGUCCGCUUCAAAGCCGACUGGAGAAUAAUGACCUGGGCGUGUGUCAUGUUUCUCAGCUUACAGCUCAACAGAAUCAACAUCGUCAACGUGCUCACGACCGAUUUCCUGAUGGACCUUGGAAUGCAGCAAAACGACUACAACCUCGGCCAGACUAUUUACUUUUUCUCGUUCUUGGUCAUGGAAAUCCCUACACAGAUUAUGAACACAAUUGUCGGACCGACCAUUUGGAUUCCUACUAUGAUGACUACAUGGGCCCUCGUAGGCUUCCUCCAGACCUUCAUCACAAACAAGGCCUCUUACCUUGCUACGCGUGCCAUUCUCGGCGCUUGCCAAGGUGGAUUUGUCCCUGGUAUUGCUCUCUACGUGACCUCGUUCUACAAAGCCCACGAAGUCGCGACCCGGCUUGCAAUGCUGUGGUCCACGCAAUACAUCACAAACUCGAUUUCCGCGCUCUUGGCCUCCGGAAUCUUCAACAUGGAUGGUCUCAACGGGUGGCAUAACUGGCAGUGGCUUUUCUUCCUCGAAGGUCUGCUUUCCUUGUCGAUCGGCAUCUCGACCUUUUUCAUGAUGCCCUCGUUCAGAAAACCAGUCAUCUCCAAAGUGUUCACCGCCAGAGAGACCGCCAUCCUUCGUGCACGUGUUAUCCUGGACGACCCGUCAAAGUCAAAGGCGCUAGAUGGCAGCAGAGUCAGCAUGAUGAAGAGCCUUGGUCCUCGCGAUAUUAUAACCACGCUCACAGACAUCUAUCUGAUCCCGCUCUUCCUUCUCGCCUGGCUCGGUUUCCUUCCUUCCGUCGCAUCCUACCAGUUCAUGACUAUCAUGUUCCGCAGCUACGGCUACGCUACAUUUGAGGCAAACCUCCUCGUCAUCCCUGCGAAUAUGACAAUCAUGACCGGAAUGCUCGUCGCCUCCUUUGUGUCCGACAAGUACCGCAAGCGCUGGCCUAUCCCCAUCGCCGCCAUGACAUGGGUUCUCCCCUUCCUCAUCCUCCAGCGCGUUCUUCCCGACGACACGCCCUACGGCCUCCGUGUAUUCUGCGUCAUCUUCACCGUCGGUUUCCCGUACUACACCCCCGUCCUCAUGUCUUGGCUCUCCGCCAACGUCGGCGACCAAUCCAAGCGCGCGCUCGCGAUCGCAAUCUACAACAUCGGCGUCCAGUGCGGCAGUAUCUCGGCCUCGAACGUCUACCGCGCCGGCGACGCGCCGUUCUACCGUAACGGUAACUCUCUCUUGAUCGGCGUCUCGGUCCUCGUGGUUUUGAUCACGCUCUCGACCAGAUGGCUGUUCAAGCGCGAGAACUUGAGACGGGAUAUGAUGUGGUCGAUGAUGACUUCGGAGGAGAGAGAGGAUUACUCUGCUACUACUACUGAUAAGGGUAAUCGCAGACUGGAUUUCAGGUUCCAGCUGUAGUUGUUUUCUCAUAUUCUUUCACUUUUUUUCAUUUCUCAUGGUUAUUCUAAUUGCGCGAUGGCAUGCGGCGGUCAAGUAAUUUUUGGGAUAUAUGAUUUCUUUCUAUUGUAAAUGGUGUGGGGUAUUUUCUGUUCAUGGUGGGGGGUUGAUUUCUCGUGUAAUAUUUCAUGGUUCAGGUGAGGGGAGUAUUUUUGCAUGGGUGGGUGGGGUUUCAUAUUGAUUGUUGAGGAUGACUGGUCUAUAGAAUGGGAAGAUAGACGGGUGAUAAAUGGCAUGGAGAAACGAAUGCUUUUUUACAAGGGUUUAUGAUUUUAUGCAUCUCAUUGAUCUGCAAACAUUGUAUGAUACAAUAUUACAAU